AUGAGCAAUGAAUCUGGAAAUUCGUCUGGAACCUCUGUAGCUCGAGUAAGAGGUAGGGUCGUUGGUGUGCCCAAGAGAUGCUGGUGUGGAGAAUUGGUUGUGUCGUUGAUGUCCAAGUCCGCCGCGAAUCCGUACCGGAGAUACUAUCGGUGUGCUUUUGCGGUUGAGAGAAAGCUGAGUAAUGAUAAUCACACGUAUAAGUGGGUUGAUGAAGCAUUUGUGGAUGAGAUUGAAGCAUUGACAUGUAGGAUAAGCAGACUAGAAGAUACCAUUCUUGCUGAGAGUGUGGAAGAAGGGAGGAAGAAGCUUGCAGAGCUUGAAAUGAAGUUAGAGACUGAGGUUUUUGCAAGAGUGGAAGAGGUCGUUAAUGAAGUCAAAUGGGAAGUCAAAAAAAUGAUGGGGAUUGUUCUUUUAGGAACAUUGACCAUGCUUGUGCUGUCUAAGCUUGUUUAG